UUCUCAACGAAUUGAACGCAUGUGAAUGUACACAACUCCCAUUUACCGCUUCAUAACUGAUGAUUUCCACCUUCCCACUUGGUUAGGAACGCAGCAUUAUUAUAUUCGCAGAACGCCUCACUCGCUUUAGGGUUGGGUUGCCGACGUUUGUUAAUUCAACCGAUACCUUUCCUAGUGGGCAAGUACACAUUGUCUAAAAAUUAAGUAGAUAGAGAUAAAGAUUGAUUGAAAAUUGGAUUUAACAAUGGACGUACAGUUGGCUAUUUCUGCCGUUCUAUUAUUCAUAGUUGCACAUUUGCACAUUGUUGGGCCAAAUAACCAUGUCGAUCAGGUGGUCACCGGACUAAUCCUGAGAAAUCAUUUCAAGGGAUAUAUCGUUGUCAUUGAGAAGGGCCUUGUUACAGUUCCAUUGCAACAGGUCUCCAGUAAAGACAACAUCAAUAAUUGUGGAACGGGAGAAUGUAAAAUUAGAGAGGCGCUCGUGCGUAUAAUAGACGGGCGACAGAAAAAGGAAUAAACUAGAUCUGAUGUCACUGCUCUGUUGGAUUAUCGAAUACGUGAGGGAUUUAAUAUCCUCGAAUCGAAGAUAGCAGUAGCCAACGUUGCAUGUGAUACGUUGCCAAUAUGAUGCCGGGCAAGAGGACCAACCUGCGGAAGGUCGGCUCGGAGCGCAUCGACCACGGCAUGUGGGUCAAGUUUAACCCCCUGGCCCUGCUGCUGGACUCAUCUCUGGAGGGUGGAUGACCCCAGCCUGCCCAAUGACGAGGGCAUUACAGCCUUGCACAACGCCGUCUGCGCCGGCCACACCGAGAUCGUCAAGUUCCUGGUGCAGUUUGGACUCCACUGCACUGUGCGGCCUCCUGUAACAAUGUGCAGGUGUGUAAGUUCCUGGUGGAGUCCGGGGCUGCUGUGUUCGCCACCACCUACAGUGACAUGCAGACAGCGGCAGACAAGUGCGAGGAGAUGGAGGAGGGCUACGCACAGUGCUCCCAGUUCCUCUACGGUGUACAGGAGAAGAUGGGCAUCAUGAACCGUGGGGUGGUGUACGCCCUGUGGGACUACGAGGCUGAGGACGAUGACGAGCUGGCCUUCCUGGAAGGCGACUGCAUGACGGUGCUGCGGCGCAAGGACAAGGAUGAAGAGUGGUGGUGGGCCCGCUGCAGAGACCGAGAGGGCUACAUUCCAAGAAACCUGCUAGGGCUGUAUCUGAGGAUCAAGCCACGGCAGAGGAGCUCGGCUUAAAUUAUAUCGGCUCACGUUCCACCCUACUCGCUGAAAACUACUCUGACUUGAAGUUACUUUUUGAAAGGCGAAUUAAGAACCUAAAAGUCCAGUGCUUACAUUUCACACUUCUGGUCUUUUGGAUGUCAAAGUCAAGCAUUCCACUUCAAGCUUUUGGACCUGUCUGUGAAAGACUCAUAUCAUGCUAAAGGGUUUUCAACCUAUGUAUGGAUAAUAUUCACAUGGUCACGCUGUUUCCUUUUCACUGCAGGAAUGUAUACACCGCGCAACAUUUGUAAUGGAGACUUCUGAACAGUGUUUUUGUUUUGUAGACGUGUGAUUUUCUGAGCAGAAUCCAUUUUGUAAGGGUUUGUAACUGUGGCAGUUGGCAAUGUAAAGCUUUUUCUACGUCAUGGCAAGCUUAUAUCCACACAAGAUACAGUAUAUGAAAACUUUGGUUGUGUAUUUGACUAUUUUCCUUUAUCUUCCGUUAUCACAAACAAUCUUGCUGUGGGUAUACAGUGCCUUCAGAAAGUAUUCAUACCACUUGACUUAUUCCACAUUUUGUGUUACAGCCUGAAUUCAAAAUUGAUUAAAUUUGUUUCUUUUCUCACCAAUCUACACACACUAGCCCAUAAUGACAAAUUGAAAACAUGGUUUAGAAAUGUUUGCAAAUGGAUUGAAAAUGAAAUACAGAUAUCUAAUUAACAAAUAUUCACACCCCUGAGUCAUUACAUGUUACAUUACAUGUCUUUCUGGAUUAAUCUCUCUCUAAGAGCUUUACACACCUGGGUUGUACAAUAUUUGCACAUUAUAAUUUAAAAAAAAAUCUUCAAGCACUGUCAAGUUGGUUAAUCAUUGUUAGACAGCCAUUAUCAAUUCUUGCCAUAGAUUUUGAAUCCGAUUUAAGUCAACUGUUACUAGGCCACUCGGGGACAUUCAAUAUCAUCUUGGUAAGCAACUCCAGUGUAUAUUUGGCCUUGUAUUUUAGGUUAUUGUCAUGUUGAAAGGUUAAUUUGUCUCCCAGCAUCUGUUGGAAAGUAGACUCAACCAGGGUUUCCUCUAGGAUUUUAUCUGUACUUACCUCUAUUCUGUUUUAUUUUAUCCCAAAAAAACUCCCUAGUCUUUGCCGGUGACAAGCAUGCCCAUAACAUGAUGCAGCCACCACCAUGCUUGAAAAUAUGAAGAGUGGUACUCAGUGAUAUGUUGUGUUGGAUUUCCCUCAAACCUAACAAUAUUCAGGACAUAAAGUUCAUUUGUUUGCCACAAUUUUUUGCAGUUUUAGUUUAGUGCCUUAUUGCAAACAGGAUGCAUGUUUUGGAAUAUUUCUUUCUGUACAGGCUUUCUUUUUUUCACUCUGUCAUUUAGGUUAGUAUUGUGAAGUAACUAAUGUUGUUGAACCAUCCUCAGUUUCUCCUAUCACAGCCAUUAAACUCUGUUUUAAAGUCACCGUUGUCCUCAUGGUGAAGUCCCUGAGCAGUUUCCUUCCUCUCCGUCAACUGAGUUAGGAAGGACGCCUGAACCUUUCGUAGUGACUGGGUGUAUUGAUACACCAUCCAAAGUGCAAUAACUUAACCAUGCGCAAAGGGACAUUCAAUGUAUGUUACCAAGUAUCAUGGGCAUUCUUUGUGAGGCAUUGGAAAUACUCCCUGGUCUUUGUGGUUGAAUCUGUGUUUAAAUUCACUGCUCGACUGAGGUACUUUGCAGAUUAUUGUAUUUUUGGGGUACAGAGAUGAGUCAUUCAAAAAUCAUGUUAAACACUAUUGCACAUAGUGAGUCCAUGCAUCUAAAAAAAAGGGGUUGAAUACCUACUGACUCAAGACAUUUCAGCUUUUCAUUUUUAAUUCAUUUGUGUGUAGACCCGUGACACAAAAUCUGCUUUAAUCCAUUUUAAAUUCAAGCUGUAACACAGCAAUGUGGAAAAAGGUUGAGGGGUGUGAACACUUUCUAAAGACACUAGUUCCACCUAGAUUUGAAGCUAUGUAAUGUUGUUACUUUCAGUUUUCCUAUCAAUGUUUUAUUUUCCAAUGCUUUUGUAGAACAUUUUGUGUGUGUGUGUUUAAGUACUGUAUGUAGCCUGGCAUGCUGUGCUAUGAAGUGCUAAUAAUGUUGAAUGCACAAGCUUCAACGGCAUUGCUCAACAUCACCUCCUCAUUCCAAACCUUCAUAUCUUAAAGAGAUGCUCAACGUUGUUCGUGGAAAGGUAUCAUCCUGUAGGUUUUUGCGCCAACCAUAAUCUAGCCCAUCCUAUUUAUAACAAUUAGGUGGUUGAUAAUGCGAGUGUAAGAUGACCCAAUUCAGCUUAACAUCUGCUAACCAUGUGUAUGUGACAAACAAAAUGUGAUUUGAUUUGAUUUACAACUGCGGUUGGAGCGAAAAACCUACAAGAGGGUAGCUCUCCAGGAACAAGGUUGGGCAGCCCUGCACAUGGACCAGACAGAAUUUGACCAGCAUUUUUUGGGGUUAUACAUAACUUUCAUGAUUAAGCCAUUAUAAAUACGUUUUAAACCUUUAUAAAUUAUUUGAAAUACCUAAUUUCAAUGUAAAUGAUGAAAUAGUCAUAUGAAUAGUAUAUAGACCCUUAACUUUUUAUACAUGUUUAGCCUAUUCAUGAAAGCCAUUAUAAGUGUAAACACAUUUUAUUAAUGGCAUUGAGUCAUUUAAACCAGUGACAUUUCAAAAACGUUGCUAUCAGCUAAA